AUGCUUUGGUGUACGUCAAGGCAUGAUUUAUAUUUUUGUUCACGUUACAAAAUUGGUCAUUUGAAUGCACUAACUUCCAGGACUACUGAAGUGUUGGAUGUGAAAGGGCAUGUAGUUCCAUCUAAGGAACAUCCUGGAAACCACAUGCAUGGAUUUACGAAGACAUGUAUUGAGGCAAUGGCUGUAGGGCAUAAGUUGUUGAUUAUUGGAGGCAAUUAUGGAGAACUAAUUUGCAAACACUUAAAUCGUCCAGGAGUUAGUUUUUGUUUCCAAUUAGAGAAUGAAGCAAAGAUAAAUUCUAUUGAGAUUUUUAAGCGUCCCACUGCCACCAGUGAAGCUAUUAAUUUCGUGGCUUCGGACCAAGGUGGUGGUGUGGAUAUCUUUGAUGUAGAGAAGACAUUUCAGUUUUCACAUUUUCAAUUCCCAUGGCCAGUGAAACAUGCUUCAUCGAGCCCAGAUGGAAGACAACUUGUAGUGGUUGGAGAUGACCCAGAAGGAAGAUUAGUGGAUUCUGAAUCAGGAUCGACCAUCCAAUCUUUUCGAGGACACUUUGGCUGUUCAUGUUCAUCGGCAUGGCAUCCUGAUGGGAACAUGUUUGCUACUGGAAACACAGACAGAACAUGUCGAAUAUGGGAUGUUCGGAAUUUGUUACAACCUGUUGCUGCUCUUGAGGGCAAUGCUACAGCCAUUUCUUCAAUAAGUUUCACAUCUGAUGGAAGGUUUAUGGCAAUGUGUGAAGACGUUGAUUUUGUGCAUGUCUAUGAUGUGCAGGACGCGUUUAGGAGAGAGCAGGAGAUCGAUUUGUUUGGACAUGUGUCAGGUUUAUCUUUUAGUCCUGACACCGAAUAUCUUUUUAUCAGUGUCUCCAUUGAUACUGUUCCAACCCUUUUAUCGUACCAGCGGCGACACAGGAUCUACCACUACCUGGAUUCUAUGAAUUGA